AUGAAAAUAAACACUCAGCAGAACGAAGCUAUCAUUACUACAAGUAGCAAUAGUACUACUUACAUUAUUAAUCACACUAUAAAUGCCUACACUACUACUACUACUACUUCUGAUACUGGUACAGAAUCAAAGGUUAUAAAUUACUCUACAGUUUCAUCUACUCCUAAUUCAUUUGAUUUAAUCCCAAUUCUAUCUGCUUGUAUAUCAUCAUUUAAUGAACUAUCACUACGGGUUGAACCGUUCAAUGAAGAUGCUUUUGUAUGUCGAAUUCUUGAUGCUGGUCUUGGUGUAAUGAAUGAUAAUGAUUACGCAAUUGGUUAUACUGUCGAUGCUGAUGCUGCUGAUGAUGAGUAUUCUGAUGGUGAGAAGGGAGAUGAUGAUGUUGAUUUUGGUGAUGAUGAUAAGAAAUAUACAGACAAAAAUGAUACACUUAAUAAUGGGAAUGAUAAUACUAUGAAUUGCAUAGAUGUGUGUAUAAAUGGAAGUAUAAUAUUUCAAAGAUGGUUAAGUUUAUGUGAACAAAAAAAGAAGAAGGCUAAAAGACGUUUAUUUACUCCUAUUCUCAGUAGUGAAGGUCUUAUUGAGAAUAAGAAUUUGGGAAAUUAUUAA